AUUUUUAAAUCGCUAAAUUGCCGCCAAUUUCAUCUUAACUGAACUGUCAAGUUAAACUGACACUGACAGGGCUGGGCAUUCAUGUUAAUGGCAAGCAGUUAACGAUAAUAAAAGUUUGAUAAUAUUAGAAAAUUGCAAUUUACUAUAUAGGUUAAUAUAUGAAAAGAAUAAUACUAAAGUUUAGGACAAAGCCUUGUUUAUGAAAAUUAGAUUAUAAUUGAAAUGGCAAGUAGAAAACGAGAAGAACAAAAAUAAAUUUGUCAUUUUUAAGUAAAGAAAAUUUUUUUUUUUAAUAACCAGGAAUCACCGUAUCAAUUAUUUUAUUAAAGUUUUAUUCGUACUAUAUUGUCCAAUUCCAAAAAAUGGCGCAAGACCUUAUGAGUCAGUUUUAUGGAUGUUUCAAUUUACCUUUACAUGAAAGGAUAAUGGAGUUAAGUAGAAUUAUAGAGGUAGCAAGCCCUAACAAGGAUUUACAGACAUUAUUCCCUCAACUUGUUAAUAAUAUUUUUGCAUCUUCAUUGAAUAAUGGUUGGGGAUUGAAUUCAGUGACAUAUGAUGGAAACAGAAAUUUAUUUGAAAUUCUUAUAAGUUUCUUGGAACCUCAGGGGCCUAUGUUUCAAUUGUGCUACAAAUUAUUAUCAGAUCCUCAAUUGAAGUAUAAUCUUCCACUUAAUAUUCUACCUCUAGAUUUACAAGUGACAUUAGAAAGAGGUCGCUGUCCACAAUUUUAUGCUGAUUUGUUGACUGUUGAUCCUCAGUCAUUGAAAUUAAAUGUUGUUGGUUUGUCACUUAAUCCAUUUGAUUAUUACAUAUUUAAUUUUGCUUUAUAUUUAAUAAGUAAUAAUCAUAAUAAAACAUCCUGGGAAAAUUGGAACAGUGUUUACUUUGCACUGGCAUGUGACUAUCUAACACAUUUCUUGCCAACUGAUCCAAAUGUGCCUGUAUUGCCCCAUAUACCACACUAUAUGGGCAAGGUGCCAAUGGCAGCCCCACUGCAGACUGCAAACAGACCUCUAGGCUCACCAUCAUUGCUUCUUAUACCAGAUUUGUCAGGUAUUAGCAACCAACAUGCAUCCGCUCAAACACAAUCCAGGAAUGAGGUGUGGCGCUCAGAAACUGUCCUACAGGUUUUCAUUGAUAUUUGGAUGAGUAUUGAACAAUAUAGUAAUGGAAAUAUUGAUAACUUUCAACAAAAUUAUCCAGUUCUGACCUCUAGUCCUGAAAGAGUGAGAACAGUUCGCGUUCUUGUGAAGCACAUUCAUUCAUUUUCAGCUAAAUAUCUAUCAGAUCUAGCGACUCGUUCGUCGGCAUUAAGAAAAUACGCACGACAAAUCAUGUGUGCAAGAGCAUACCAUUAUGUGAAGCAUUUAGUAACAACAUGGCCUUUAGAUGCAUCAUUUAGAUUAGUUAUAGAAUUAUGGUUAAGUUUAAUUCAACCAUGGAGGUAUAUGGAUAGUGCAAUCACUCAGGAAAGGUUCCCCAGAGCACAACCACUUCAAGAGGAAGGUAACUCCAAUACUCUAGAUGCAAGCUACACCCAGUUCAUAGCAGAGAAUUUCCCAACAUAUACAUGUAUUUUCCAAAUGGUUUUACCCAGAUUUAUGAGGCUCGAUUUGACAACAUAUAAAAAUGCUGUAAUGUUGUUCCGUUUGGGAAAGGUAUUUUCUCAACAACAUCUUAUACCAAUUUUAUGGAAUCUAGAAAAAGCGAUGACGGAUAAUACCUCAAGUCUACAAAACAGUCCAGACAAUAGUUAUAAUAAUAUUUCUGCUGAACACAGUUACACGUAUAACGGCAUUUCAUUGAGUAAAUGGGUUGCCAUCGCUAAGCAAUCAAUUUCUGAAUUAAAUGUGACAGCUAAUUUUGAAUAUUGUCCUAUUUGGUCCGAAAAUAAGAAAUCAUAUAUGAUGGAGUUUAUAAAGAAAAUUCAUACAGCAAAAUUAAUUGCCGAGAAGAAUGUUGAAGAAUUCAAUAAGAGGAUAAAUCAACAUCAACAAGCAUAUUGGGCCCAUCGUAAUGUCCGUCGAGAUCCGAUCGCAGUGUUAGUGGUCAAGCCAACUAUAUUGCCUCGUUUUUGGGCAACUGUAAAGCACUGGCUGCUUAUAGUGAAUAAAGAUGAAGAUGAAUUACUUAUUGAAGAAAUGAAGAAGGUUCCGGAUUAUCUUAAUAACUGUAUACAUUAUUUUUGUAAUAUUUUUGGGGUAAAUGAUAAUAUGUUAUUAUCACUAGAAACAGGAAUAGAAGAUGUUUCCCAAGAGGAUGUAUCAUUUGAUAAUUCAUCCAAUUUUGCACUGUCUAUAACUAAUAAGUUGAGAAGCAAACCUACGUCUAUAAAUUAUAUGGGAGAUCCAGAUUUAAUGCCAAUCACAAGCUAUGAAAAUACCAUAUUAGUGAGGAUGUUUUAUCAAAUCGCAGCAAGAUUAAAUGAAAUCUAUGGAGACGAGUUCUGUGCAUUCUGGAAUCGAAAUGAUUUAUGUGGUUACGUGGCACGUGAAAUACUGCAGAAGCCAUGUACGAUUCAAACUUAUGUGCGGGAUGCCAGCAAUCGGAACAACGUUAUCCGCCAGGAAUUGCCUGCUCGCCUCUCGCUGCGUCGUCUCGGCUCACACGUCUGCAUCGUGUGGCUCACUAUCGGAUACUUACUGUUCCUAUUGUUCUCAAACAGUGUCAUCUUAUAUGUUAUGUUCAUAUUUAUAAUGUGGAGCGUCUACAUAUUAAUUAAAGCGUCUUUGAAAAUGUUAAAAAUUAUG